UUCAGCGAUUUUUAGACUGCGAUAUGAAAACAUGGAAGCGCCCAUCCAACUAACUGUCAAACGCAUCGAAGGAAAUUAACUAUCGAUUUUAGCGAUCGUAAUGAGAAUGGCCUCACCAAUUGUGCAGUAUGUUGUUCUCAGAAAAGACUUAGUAGAUAUACUUAAAUGGCCGACGGGUGCUUUGAUAGCUCAAGCUUGCCAUGCAUGCACCGCUGUUAUGCAUCAAUUCCGAGACGAGAAAACAACCCAACAAUAUUUGGCUGACGCUGACAGCAUGCAUAAAGUUGUUCUAGAGGCUAAAAAUGAAGAAAGUCUGAUAUCUUUGGCAGAAAAACUAAAGGCAGAAAAUGUCGACCACAAGUUGUGGAUGGAACAGCCCGAGAAUAUCCCAACCUGUAUAGCUACCAGACCAUAUCAGAAGGAUCUCAUUCAAAUUCACUUCAAAAAGUUUAAACUGAUGAAAUAAAUGUUUAUUUUACAAAAUGUC